AGCGCGCUGAGAAAUAGGUUAGUCCUUUGCGUGUGCAAGAAACCAUCGGCUCCCCAAAAGAAGUUUAUACAUCACUCUUCUACCCUUACCCCUUUUCCGGUCCCUCAACCUCCCCCUAAUGCCCCCUGGUGGUUGCAAGUCAUUUCCCUAGAGCAGAAGGUGAAUCGCCUCCGUUUUACCUAAACCACACAACUCCUCAACUUCAGCGGUCCGCGGAACUAAGCCAUCAUAUCUAACAAAGACUUACUUCUAGGAAUUUAAGUUCCUACUAUAUCCCACCGUUGGGUCUCUGAAUCUCGAUAGCUGCGAAUACUGAAGCUACCUCGGCUGACUGAGGGGAUCUACAAACAUCAUGGCGGGCGGAACUGCCCACGCGGACGUGUAUGCCGCGAGGCUCGGGGAUAGCUCGCUUGGUUUGUUUCUAAUAUUUCUUCUUUUUGCAACAGCGGCGGUAUAGCUAACGAGGAUGGGAGGUUAGAUGCCAAGUUAAAACUGCAGAUCGCAGGGGAGCUCCGUGACUCGAUAGAUAUGUUUACACAAGGGCCAGCGGAAUACACGAAAUUUUUAGCGAAGUUAAUGCCUGUGUUUAUGAACAUACUAAGUGGUCAGCCUGUGUUUGUAUCUACAUCCCCUGAGCAGGUUCGGUAAACAUUUUCUGUUUUAAGGGGCUUGGUUGACGGAAUGUGUAGAAAUUGCGAAAUAUCACUCUCGAUACGAUCCACCGGUUACCGUAUACCCCACCGGAGGCUCUGGAGCCAUACGCCAGUGAUCUGAUGACAUUGCUAAUGACGCUUGUUAAAACCGAGAAUGAGGACAACGCUGUUCUGUGCAUGAAGACGAUAAUGGAUUUUCAGAGACAUUAUCAGAAACAACUUACAGAGAAGGUCCAACCAUUCUUGGAUUUGAUACAGGAAAUGUUCACUAUGAUGCCUAAAGCUGUAAAGGAAGCUUUCGACAAUCCAUCCACUACGUCGGGGAGUACACCAGGAAUGCCUGGCACACCAGGGAAUUCGGCACAGAAUUUGGGCAUGACGCAGAGCCCUAAGCCGAUGUCUCCAAUGAUGCCGGGUCAGGAUCCCGCGACGGAGGUGCAACAACCCGCAAAAAUGCUAGUUAAAGGAAUGCAGAGUUUCAAGGUUCUUGCGGAAUGCCCGAUCAUAGUGGUCAGCUUAUUUCAAGCUCAUCGGCCCUGUGUGCACAGGAAUGUUAGGCUAUUUGUUCCUCGGAUAAAGGAAAUGCUGUUGUUACAAGCCGGGCCUCAGGAGGAGGCGCAUAGACUGGCUAAAGCCAAAGGGGAGGUGUUCACGGGUGUUAGCCCUCACAUCAAGAAUAGGGUCGCAUUUGGUGAGUUCAUAACAGCUCAAGUUAAGGUCAGUUCUAAACCCGGUUAUUAAAGUGUGGUAUGGUGAAAGAAUUGUUAAUGUAUCUAGACCAUGAGUUUUUUGGCCUAUGUGUUGCGAGUAUAUGCACAUCAACUACAAGAAUUUUUGCCCACACUUCCUGAGAUUGUGGUGAGAUUGCUGAAGGAUUGUCCAAGAGAACGUUCUGGGGCUCGCAAGGUAAGCAUGGCUACUCCUCUGCCGACCUGAGGUUUACGAACAAUUUCACUUAGGAGCUUCUCGUAGCUACACGUCACAUAAUCAAUUUCAAUUUUCGGAAGAUAUUUCUGGGCAAGAUAGACGAACUCCUGGAUGAGCGAGUUCUUAUUGGCGACGGGUUAACCGUUUAUGAAACUAUGAGGUGAGUUUGGCCAUAUCCCGGAAGGAUGCGGGGGCUAAAAAGUACGCGGCAGGCCCUUAGCAUACAGUAUGUUAGCAGAUUUAAUUCAUCAUGUUCGAGAUGCAUUAGAUCGUGAUCAAAUUGGACGGACCGUUGAGGUGUAUACGAAGAAUUUGCAUGAUAACUUCCCUGGCACAAGUUUUCAGACAAUGAGUGCAAAGCUACUGUUAAAUUUGGCUGAGUUUAUAGCGAAAUUAGAGGAUAAACAGGAGGGUAAGAGCUUUUAAGAUUCAAUUUUUGAAUGUCGGGAGUCUAACAUUGCGUCACAGCUCGACAUUUCCUGAUUAUGAUCCUUGAUGCUAUCGCCGAAAAAUUCAAGUCUAUGAACAGGCAGUAUGAGAAUGCCGUCAAGCAGAGCAGAAUGAAUUGGCGCGCCAAGGAAGAAAUCAAGUCCGAAGAAGUUGUAAUGGAACCGGAGAGGAAUAGACGGGAUGAGCACGACGAAAUAGACAUAUUCACGGCAACACCGAUUAAGACAUCGAAUCCUAGGGAGAGAGGUGCCGAUCCGGUUUCAGGUAUAGUGAUUACUCUGCCCUGCGCUUUUCUCAUACGCUAAUGGUAAUGGUCGUAAAAAGAUAAUAAAUUUCUGUUUAAGAACCUUAUGAAUGGUCUAAAGAGCAUGCUUUUCGCCUUACGGGCAUGUAACCCGCCCCCCCAAUCGACAGACAACAACCCUCCAAAUUGGAGCGAGGUCGCAUUCGGGUUUAGCGCUGAAGAGGUCAAUGUCAUAAUCGGACUGUUUCGUGAGGGAGCGAGAGUUUUUCGCUACUACGGUGUUGAACACGAAGCGAAAGUAUCCGAUCCAACCACCUCACCGGUAGACUUCCUAACCAAUCACUUUAUGGUUCCGAAUGGAAAGGAAGAGAAGGAAUUGCUAGAGACUUUCGCAACUGUGUUUCAUUGCAUCGACCCGGCUACUUUCCAUGAAGUGUUCCAUUCCGAAAUUCCACACCUGUACGAGAUGAUGUUUGAGCAUACGGCACUCCUACAUGUUCCCCAAUUUUUCCUCGCUAGUGAAGCGACUUCUCCGAGCUUCUGUGGGAUGCUUCUUCAGUUUCUGAUGGACCAUAUCGAGGAAGUGGGGACUAAAGAUCCGAGGAAGUCACAAGUGCUGUUGCGCCUCUUCAAAUUGUCCUUUAUGGCCGUCACACUUUUCUCGACGCAGAACGAACAAGUUCUGUUACCCCAUGUUAGUAAGAUUGUCCUCAAGUCAAUUAGUCUAUCAACCACUGCCGAGGAGCCUAUGAAUUACUUCUUGCUUCUGAGGUCCUUGUUUCGCAGCAUAGGUGGCGGUAGGUUCGAGCACUUAUACAAAGAGAUUUUGCCUCUUCUGGAAACCCUCCUCGAGGUUUUAAACACUCUGCUGAAUUCAGCUCAAAAGGUACAAGAGAGGGAUUUGUACGUUGAAUUGUGUCUCACCGUUCCAGCACGCUUGAGUAAUCUCUUGCCACACUUGAGCUACUUGAUGAAGCCGUUAGUGGUAGCUCUCAGGGCCGGGCAGGAGCUGGUUAAUCAAGGAUUGAGGACGCUCGAGCUUUGUGUGGAUAAUUUGACGGCAGACUAUCUGGAUCCCAUAAUGGCCCCUGUUAUUGACGAUCUGAUGGCUGCGCUAUGGGAUCACCUCAAGCCGUUACCCUACAACCACGUUCACAGCCACACGACAAUGCGAAUUUUAGGCAAACUUGGAGGCAGAAACCGGCGGUUCUUGACCCACCCUCCUGCUCUAGCCUUCGGGCUUUACGCCGAUGACGCUUGUAGUGUCAAUAUCAAACUCCAUGGAGCUCCCGGUGAACGUGCGUUCCCAAUGCUUCGCGCGGUUGAUUUGGCUGUAGAAAGGAUAUUUGAUAAGAAGCUUUCAAAAACUGGGCAAGACAAAAGGACCGACUUAUUUUACAAACAGCAAUCCCUGAGACUGUUGAGCUCCGCUCUGAAACUUUUCGUGGGAUACGACCCACUACCAGAGGAUUUCGCUCUCCUGGUCCGGUUACAGGCCAACGAUUUGGUAUGCGGAUCAUCGGAUCUUGCAGGUGCUCAUGUUCCGUCCUCUGACCGACAUAAACCUGUUUUUAAGAAGCACGACCAAGAAGCUGUCCUCCGGAAACUUUUGGAAUCAGUUAUGCACGCCGUGGCUAUCCCCGAGCUUGAGGAGGAUGCCUCCUCACUUGUGUUUGAUGUCUGCCGGCAUUUCACAAUCUUGGAAGUAGGGAGAGCAACAACAGAAAUGCGACAGAGACAACAGCAGUUUGUCGUCAAUAGUGGCGAAGGCCCAAUGUAUCUUGAUAACAGAAGCUUAUCCGAGGCUCUCGCUUAUUGCCUGUCUUCGGAGAGUAGGACUGUAAGAGAACUGGCCAAGAAAGCAUUGAAGGUGAUCUACGAUACUGCAGCCACACUCUUUGGGUCAACGGAGAACGUUCAUAAACUCCCCUUCUUCGUUUCGAUGGCGAAAACUUUCUGCCAUUGCUGUUAUGAGGAAGAGUGGUAUCCUAAAUCAGGUGGAUGCUUAGGGAUUCGUGCGCUGACCGAGGAUCUGGAUUUGGGAGAGGCUUGGAUGGUGGAACGCCAACACGAUUUUGUUCGGGCUUUGCUAUAUGUCAUCAAGGACAUGCCUCCAGACCUUCCGGCUAGUACUCGAGAGUGUGCCCAAUCCACACUUGAUCUUGUUCUACGGGGCUGCAGCAAGAAUGUCUCCAGGGAGGAAAUCACGAUUUAUCACUCGAAGAGCUUCAACCUCUGCGCUUUGCUCAUUUGUGAACUAUCUAAUCCUAAUAAGCAUGUGAGGGAAACGGCGCAAAGAUCUUUUGCAACCUUGUCGAGCAUACUUGAUAUAGAGAUACAUACAUUGAUGACUCCUGUGAAGGAUCGCUUGUUAACACCAAUUUUCAAUAAGCCACUUCGCGCCCUUCCAUUUGCGAGUCAGAUUGGCUAUAUCGAUGCAAUAACCUUCUGCCUUAGCCUCCAACCCGCUUUUCUUGAGUUCAACGAGGAAAUGAGUCGUCUCAUGAUGGAAGCACUUGCCCUCGCAGAUGCCGAUGACGAUGCCUUAUCAAACAACAGAGUCCCUGAACACCGAACGACUGAGUCCGUUCUCAACUUACGGGUUGUUUGCAUCAAGCUAUUGUCCACGGCAAUUACGUACCCCGAUUUCGCGUCGCCCGAUAAAACCCAAACGAGAGGGAGGAUUAUAUCGGUGUUUUUUAAAUCGCUUUACUCAAAAUCUCCCGAGGUCAUCGACGCAGCAAAUUCAGGGCUUAAAGGAGUUCUUGCACAGACAAAUAAGCUGCCAAAGGAUCUUCUUCAGAAUGGCCUUCGCCCGAUUCUAAUGAAUCUUUCUGAUCCAAAGAGAUUAAAUGUUGCGGGGUUGGAGGGAUUAGCAAGACUACUGGAGCUUCUGACGAAUUACUUUAAGGUGGAGAUCGGUAGUAGGUUACUGGACCACCUGAAGAACUUGGCCGAACCAAAUAUACUCCAGCAAACCUCAUUCAAAUUGCUUGAGCAAAAUCAGAACAUUCGAGUUAUAGCUUCGAUACUAAACAUAUUCCAUUUGCUUCCGCCGGCAGCAGUUCAGUUCUUAGAGGAAAUGUUUAAGAUUGUGAUAGAGCUGGAGGAAAAGCUUCGGCGAACACAGCAUAGCCCAUUUCGGGCCCCCCUUUUGAAAUUUGUCAAUCGAUAUCCGAGCGAGACUUGGGCGUUUAUGAAACCCAAACUAAUCGAUAUCAGAUACGGCAGGAUAUUUUGGCAACUUCUUGCAGAUGACAGUAGUGGGCCCCUGCGUAAUGUUGUUUGCGGUGAUGUACCGCGUUUUGUGGAAUCAACGAUCCAUCUGGGUGUCGGGAUGGAAGGCGGGUGCAUUGCUAUAGUAAAUGCGGCUAAUGUUGUCAACGCCAUCGUGAAGCACCCUGAUAGUAGGGACUGGCUCGUGCAAAAUCGCGAUUUGAUGGAAAAAUUGCUUCGGGCCGGGGUUGAAUUGAGAGAAAAAUUGAAGGAGGGGAAGGUUGCGGUUCCCCUUAGAUUGGCUGUUGAACAAUCUUCCGAGACACUACUCGAGAUAUUCAUGAUCUAUCUUACACAUGCGGAGGAAGACUUGGAGUUCCUUUUCCAGGUAUGCCUUUGAUUCCUCCGAUUCUCAACGGGCUAUUUCUAACUAUUUGAAGGUGAUCGAUGCACGGACGUCCAACAAGCUCAAGAGAUCUAAUGCUCUAACCAGCCACAUCUAUUCCAAGAUCAUAUGUGGCGGGUCCAUUGAGCAGUGGCGAAAUGUGAUCUAUAGGUGUCUGGAUUUGUAUUCCGGAAAGUCCUCAACUCAGGAGACAAAGACAUUUGCCUUUCACUAUCUGGUUAACCCCAUACUUGCUAUGGAUGUUCAGCGUGGGGCUAAACCCGUUAACGGUCAAAAGCUUGUUGACAGGAAUAUGAUUGAAGCCAUUCACUCUAAAAUUUGGAGGCCAAACCUUGGAGAUCUAGGCGAUGACGCUUCUCCUGGCUUAGACCACUCCCGAAUGGAACUUCUACAGAUGUCGGCGCUUUUGAUUAGGGACCACAAUACCAUUUUGAAUGAGGCUAGAAAGGAUGUCAUCAAAUUUGGCUGGAACUAUAUCAAACUUGAGGAUAUAGUUAAUAAACAGGCGGCAUAUGUCUUGAUUGCAUUUUUUAUUCGCCACUACGACACACCUUCGAAGAUUGUUAUUCAGAUUUAUGUGGCCUUACUAAAGGCGCACCAACACGAAGGAAGGGCCUUAGUCACACAGGCUCUCGAACUUAUCGCUCCGGUACUAAAAAAGCGAGUACCUAAUGUUAGUGACCCCCGGUAUCCGAUCUGGGCAAGAUGGCCCCGGCGCAUUUUGUCUGAGGAGGGACACAACCAGCAACAGAUGACAAAUAUAUUUCAGUUUCUUGUGAAACACGGUGAUUUGUUUUAUGAGUCUAGAGAGCAUUUUCUCAGUUGGAUCGUUACUUCGUUACCCAAGCUUGUUCUUCAUUUUCCUAAUCCUUCCACGGAAAACAAAAAGUUGUCUAUCAAUCUAAUCAUAUUAAUUCGGGAUUGGGAAAAGCGUCGGAUUUCUGAGGCUGCGAGGAACAGCCCCGAGGCCUCACCAUCAAGAAAGCGGAAAUACGGCCAAUUGCCGGUAGACUCACGGUCCCCGUCAGCCCCUGGCUCUGCGCCCAACUCGGACAAAACGGAAUAUGCGGUCCCAACUGUGCUUCGUAUGCACGUGGUUAAGCAUUUGGUGACCUUCAUUUGCGGCCUCCAAGAGAAAUUUUCUUCUAGCGAGCUAUGUUCGAAUGCGCUCUGUUUGCUGAAGGAGUUUCUUAGCCCAAGGUACUGGGGGGAUCUGGAUAUCGAUUUGUUCCCGAAGGUCACCGAAAAGCACCUCAUCCACAAUGAAAUCACGAACGACACGCUCCCAGGCUUUCUCAAUGGGCUACGAGUCAUGAGGAUAAUUGUUGAUCUCAAGGCUGAUGACUGGAUCAUGCAACACCUGCCGCAAAUCCAAAAAAUACUGGAGAAGUCCCUGAGGUCUGAUAACGCCGAAGUACAAAAGAGUCUCCAGCCAGUGCUUGCGCGGGUGCUUCAGGCCAUUCCUGCUACUAGGGUGGAAGGAGAGGAGGAGGAGGAGGAGCAGACAGACUCGCCAUCCGACCUGUUUAUUUCCCUACUUACUACUAUUGUCCAGGAGAAUUUAAACACCAACCUGAUGUCCAGUGUUAAUGUCCUUUGGACCCUAUCUGAGAAGCGGCCAACCGUUAUAGAUGACCACAUACCGGCGCUCAUGAAAGCGUUUCAGAAACUUGGGAAAGACCACCUCUCGGCACCCCCGGGCGGACCUGCACCAGUGGUUAAUCUGCCGAAUUCAGCUAAGACAGAGCCAAACACUGGAGGUAAUUCACAGGUCUUUGACCCAGAUACUACAACAGAGCUCCUUCGAAUGGUGAUAGACGUUGCAUCCGCUAGGGUAUCCGUGCUGGGGGAUCAGCGGAGGCCUUUCUUGAGUGUGAUGGCUCAAUUGGUUGAGAGGUCCUCAAGCUCGGAAUUGUGCUUGAAAAUUUUACACAUUGUGCGAGGAUGGGUAUUUGGAUCGACGGAGUCUUUCCCGACGUUAAAGGAGAAGAUAGCUGUAUUGUCGAAGAUGCUGUCAUUCGAGUCGAGACCUGAUCCAUUACUUUGCAGUAGCUUUUUGGACUUGGUAAUCGAUAUAUACGAAGACCCGGUGAUUACCAAGACGGAGCUUACGGUCCGGCUUGAACCCGCGUUUUUGAUCGGAACCCGGGCGAAAGAUGUUAACAUGCGGAAUCGGUUCUUGCAAAUCUUUGACCGAAGUCUGUCCCGAACGAUCAGCAAUCGACUUAGCUUUGUCCUGGCAACUCAAAAUUGGGAAAUCCUUGCGGAUUCCUAUUGGCUGAAUCAAGCAUCACAUUUACUUUUUGGGUCGGUGGAUAUGGAUCUCCGGGUUGAACUUCAUGAGGACGAUCUGAAAGUCGCACCAGCAUCUUUCGCAGUAAUGCCGUAUGUUUCGGAUGGGCGGAAGGACUCCUUGAUGCUGGACGAAAAGUUUGAAGAUUUUAUGGCUCGCCACAGAAGAUUCUGCCAAAGCUUGGCGGAGGUAAGAGCUGGGGAUAUUUUUGAGCCAAUGGCUCAACUUCAACAUCUCGAUCCGAAGGUGGGGCAUCAGAUAUGGGUUGCGCUGUUCCCGUUAUGUUGGUCGGCAUUGGGCAAAGAGGAUCGCCAGGAUCUUUUAAGGGGUAUUGUUUCGCUCCUAUCCAAGGAAUGGCACCACCGGCAAAUGGACAAACGGCCCAAUGUCAUCCAAAGUAUUCUUGAAGGAGUUGAGCACGCAUCCCCCAAAUUAACUUUACCUCCUCACAUGGUCAAGUUCCUUAGCAAAACCUACGAUUCCUGGUACUCUGCGAUCCACCUCCUCGAAGAUUCAGCGAACGUUCCUCCUAUGGACAGUCUUGUCGUGCGAGAGAGUAACUUAGAUGCAUUGGCAGAAAUGUAUGCCAUGCUUUCUGAAGAGGACCUGUUCUACGGUCUGUGGCGACGACGGGCCCAAUACUUAGAGACCAACGCUGCCGUUUCGUACGAGCAGAACGGGAUGUGGGAUAAGGCCCAGCAGAUGUAUGAGGUCGCCCAAAUCAAAGCACGCACGGGAGCUCUACCAUUCUCAAGUUCCGAGUAUAAUCUUUGGGAAGACCACUGGGUUGUUUGCGCGCAGAAACUCCAGCAGUGGGAAAUUUUAAGUGAGUUUGCCAAGCACGAAAAUUAUAAUGACCUUCUCUUGGAAUGCGGUUGGAGAUUGUUGGAAAAUUGGAAUGGGGCAGAUGGGGAACGCAUGGAUUCUACUAUCAAAUCCCUCAUGGAUGCCCCAACUCCGCGACGGUACUUUUUCGCUGCUUUUAUGGCGUUACAAAAAGUUCAUCAAAAAACAGAAGUGCCGGGAGAAUUUUCGAGGCUAUGUGACGAAGCCAUCCAACUAUCCCUUCGUAAGUGGCAUAACCUACCGCGGAGGAUCACUAACGCGCAUAUCCCCCUCCUUCAAGCGUUUCAGCAACUUGUCGAGUUACACGAUGCGAGCGUAAUCUACAGUAGCCUUUCUGCAACAACUGCGCAGAACCUCGAUGCUAAGUCACAAGAGCUCAAGAUGCUAUUAGGAACUUGGAGAGAUCGGCUGCCAAAUGUUUGGGAUGAUAUCAAUAGCUGGCGCGACCUCGUCACCUGGAGGCAACACAUAUUCCACUCGAUUAACAACACUUACCUUCCACUUCUCCCCGGCCAAGCCCAAAGUGCAGGUGGCAGCAGCAACAGUUCUUACGCCUAUCGUGGAUACCAUGAGACUGCUUGGAUUAUCAAUCGCUUUGCCCAUGUUGCUCGGAAACACCAACUCCCGGAGGUGUGUAUCAAUCAAUUGAGUAAAAUCUAUACCUUACCAAACAUCGAGAUCCAAGAAGCCUUCCUCAAGCUCCGGGAGCAGGCCAAGUGUCACUACCAGAACCCCAACGAACUCACACAAGGACUUGAGGUGAUCAAUAACACGAAUCUAGGGUAUUUCGGGGCUGGUCAAAAGGCCGAAUUCUACACUCUAAAAGGAAUGUUUUUGUCAAAGCUUAAGCAGAAAGAAGAUGCCAACGAAGCAUUUGGUCUCGCGCUUUACCAUGACCUUAAGUUGCCAAAGGCCUGGGCAGAGUGGGGCUACUACAAUGACUCGUUAUUCAAAGAGAAUCCCCAAGAUAUGCAACCGGCGGGCAAUGCUGUCAGCUGUUAUUUGGAAGCGGCCGGCCUUUACAAGAGCGGGAAAGCGCGGAAGCUGCUCGGGCGAGUCCUUUGGCUAUUGAGCUUAGACGACGCAAGCGCCUCGAUCUCUGGGGCGUUUGACGCUUAUAAGGGCGACAUCCCGAUUUGGUAUUGGAUUACCUACAUCCCACAACUUUUGACUUCUCUCUCCCAUAAGGAGGCUCGUCUUGCUCGGACAAUUCUUAUCAAGAUUGCCAAACACUUCCCCCAGGUACGUCGCUGUCCCUAUUCGCGCUGCCUGUUUGCUAACUUCUUAAGGCUUUAUACUUUUUGCUGCGCACAAGCCGUGAGGAUUACCAGGUUAUCAAGAAGCAGACUGCGCAGGCUGCAGCAUCGAACCGCGGGAAGGCUGGCUCCCCGAUUGUUGGUCAAGCAAUUCCUUCAGGUCGCCAGGGUAGCGUUGCGACGCAAACACAAGCCAACGGAACCGAAACAGGGAUGGCAUCUAGUCCUCAGUCUGCCAUUAAUUCUGGCCCCCAAGUUAUUAGUACGGCUCCCAAGUCUAAUUUCCUGUAAAUUAUCUAACACAGAGCAGAGGCUGGAUCUCCGACGCCGGUUCCAACGGGGCAAAAUAUGUCGUCGCCCGCCCCCGCUGUGCCCAGCCCCCAACCGCCGGUCAAGCGUUUACCUUGGGAGUAUGCAGAGGAGAUCAUGUCUGUCCUGAAGACUGCGUUCCCCCUUCUUGCUCUUUCAAUGGAGACUAUGGGCGACCAAAUACAAAAGUUCUUCAAGUGCCCGCCAGAUGAGGAUGCAUAUAGGUUGAUUGUUGCACUCUUGAAUGAUGGACUGCAGGUAAGAUUUGCAUCACAAUGAGCGCAUGCUGGCCAACUAAGCCCGACUAACAAGUUGCAGUGGAUUGCGAGGAUGAACCCUUCACUUGAGGACUCGAAGCUCCCGCCCUCCACCGAAUCAAACAUCACUCGUUUUGCGGAGACGAUCCUCCCCGCCCAUAUCCGGGUUGCGUUUGAGGCAGACUUUGUGAACGAACGCCCCAAUUUGUUCUCGUAUAUCGAGAGGCUGCGGCGCUGGAGGGAUAGAUUUGAGGAGAAGCUUGAUCGUCGGCCGCCAAAUCGGGAUCUUGAGUCAUACAGCCCUCACUUGAGUGAGUUUAGGUUUCAGAAAUUCGACGACGUUGAGGUUCCGGGUCAAUACUUACUGGUAAACAAUCUCAAUUCCCGCUUUAUUCACAUCUAUUAACACUCGCACAGCACAAGGACAACAACAAAGACUUCGUUCGUAUUGAUCGCUUCCUCCCCCGAGUAGAUGUUGUCCGUGGGUAUGGUGUGUGCCACCGGCGCCUAAAAUUGAGGGGACAUGAUGGAGGCAUACAUACUUUUGCUAUCCAACACCCCGCUGCAAGGCACUGUCGCAGAGAAGAGAGGAUACUACAACUAUUCCGUAUUUUCAAUGGGUAUAUUCUCUUGAAUCGAGGUGGUUAUCCAAAGCUAAUAGAAUAUAGUGCUCUUGCUAGAAGAAAAGAAAGCCGUCGCCGGAAUCUCGGCUUCCAUUUGCCAUUGAUGAUCCCCUUGGCACCGCAUAUUAGAAUUGUUCAGGAUGACGCUUCCUAUAUAUCCUUGCAGGGAAUUUAUGAAGACCAUUGCCGGAGGACAGGAAUGAGCAAGGAUGAUCCCUUAAUCUUUUCGCUCAAGAAAGUUAUUGCCUCGCUAGAUCCGGGUAGAGGCGUCCAACAGCAGGUUGACGCAAACGUCAAGUUGGAAAUAUUUAAUUCCAUCCAAUCGGCCAUGGUCCCGCCUAAUAUCGCGCUUGAGGUUGGUAACCUGAAAUGUUUGGCGGAGUAUAUUAAUUAACUGUGGAUAGUUCAUGACCAAAUCGUAUACUUCAUUUACGGAAUUCUUCCUCUUCCGUCGUCAAUUUAGCUAUCAGUAUGCGGCUUUGACCUUCAUGACUUAUGUUAUGAGUAUGGGUAGUCGAUUCCCGCACAAGAUGUUUAUCGCCAGAGAGACUGGAAAUAUUUGGGGGUCCGAAUUGAUUCCUGCCAUGGCAUCAACCAAUGCAUACUUCCAUAACAACGAAUUGGUCCCAUUCCGCUUUAGUCCGAAUAUUCAGACACUAAUGGGCCCGAUUGCUAUCGAAGGAAUAUUUUCUUGCGCGGUCAUGGUCAUUGCACGCUGUCUUACGGAACCUGAGGUAUGUUAUAAAAUUUGCUAGCCACUUGCUUAUACACUCGAGCAUAUCCUAACAUUAAUCGCAGUUCGAACUCGACCAACAUUUGAGUGUGUUUGUGCGUGACGAAAUGAUUUUUUGGUUCACCCAACAGCAUCGUUCUAGCAUAGGGGAACAGCAACUACGAGAGAGGGUACAGCUCAACUCAGAAAUCAUUGUUCGUAGAGCGACAUCUUUAGCCCAGCCAAGCGGUGCCGGAGGUAUCCCGGCCAACCAAACUGUUAUCGAUUACAUUUCCAGGGCAUCAAACCCCAUGAAUCUGGCACAACUUGACAAUCUCUGGAUGCCGUAUUUGUGAUUUUGUGGGGGCGAUCGGGUUUCUUUUUUCUAGAGGAUCUGGGGUGUGGUGGAAUUUGGGAUUCAGAAGCAUGACUUUAGUAUUCUUAUAACAAUGGUGUUUCUUUGGCGCAAUUGCGGUCUUCUAACAGGGGAAAAACUGCAGGUAUUCUUUAAAAUGGCUUUCCUUUCCUUUUCCUUUUGCUUUGAAACAAAAAAAGAAACUUGGUGGGGUUGCUUGAUUUAUGUCUUUACGUUUUUGUUUUAACUUCUAUCCCACUCCUGUUCGACUUUUGUUCUUGUGUAUCAUUAUUAAACUUCCUUGUUCGUUAGUACAAAUAACUUAAUUCAAAGUGUGCUUCACGAGCGCUGCAUAAUUGAACGGAAAUUGUGUUCUACUUGCUCUACUUUUGUUGAUAUCUGUACUUCUGUACUAUGCUGUACCUAUGCUCCCGACCCCUAGGUGGUUGGGCUGCUCCGGCUGCGAUUCCCUAUGGAUCCACAGGUCCGGCGACAAGCCGCCGAAAUUUUGCAAAGCGCGCGAUUCGAGAGGCACCUCGUAGCAAAUCAGUCUCCCUGGUUUAUACGCCUCUCUUGGCAUGGCACCAUAUAUGAGAAGCCCUCUUGAGAUGGCCGGAUGCAAGGGCACAUAUAUCCAACAAUAUGUGCGGGGGCUCGUACAAAAUGCGUAGAUAUUGAUAUUCCUCGCAUGGAUCCACAGGUUGAGAAACGUACUCUUGUUUGUGGUAUUCCCGAAUAUCGUCGGUGUCUGGGUGUGGAGUAGAAAUAUCGGUAUACAGAGGCCUGGGCUCAGUUUCGGUAACCCGAGGUCAGCUCUUGGAUAUGCAAUUCCAGAUUAUGUUUCAAACUAUUCAGCACUUCUCUGACGUGUGAGAAAUUGCUUCUUAUCCAUAUGGAUUCCCUCGUAUUGUAAACGGACAAUGCACCGAAACCUGGUAUUCCUUGCCUUAUUUAUUCUAUCCUGAUUCCAGGUUAAUUAGUCAUUGCAAUUUAUUAGGGUUGGCCUCGGAGGGUAAUAUAUAUUCCCCUGUGGCUGAGCCACAAGUGAAGGUAGUUCAUAUCCUCUCUAGUUGAAGUGUGUGUACAGUAUGAUACAUGGACCCCCAUGCAUGUCCAUG